CCCCGAGUCUUCAGAAACCCUAGCCGGCAGUUCAGGUCAGGAUUCUCAAGAGUGUAGGGAGUGCUCCACUUCGAGAUGGCUCCAGCCAAAGCUGAUCCCGCCAAGAAGUUGGACUCAAAGGCUCAGGCUUUGAAGACAGCCAAGGCUGUAAAAUCUGGUGCUGCGACCAUUAAGAGGAAGACUAAGAAGAUCUGCACAAAAGUUACUUUCCACCGACCAAGGACAUUGAAGAAGGAUAGAAAUCCCAAGUACCCACGGAUCAGUGCACCUCCUCGCAACAAACUUGAUCAUUACCAGAUUCUCAAGUACCCUCUCACCACUGAGUCUGCCAUGAAGAAAAUAGAAGACAACAACACCCUAGUUUUCAUAGUGGACAUUCGCGCUGACAAGAAGAAGAUCAAGGAUUCUGUGAAGAAAAUGUACGACAUCCAAAGCAAGAAGGUUAACACCCUUCUUAGGCCAGAUGGUACGAAGAAGGCUUAUGUUAGGUUGACGCCCGACUACGAUGCAUUGGAUGUUGCCAACAAAAUUGGGAUUAUCUGAGCAGUGACUCCCUCUCCUGAUUUCUAUCUAUUUAUGUAUGUCUUGAAAGGGCAUUGGAUUGUUCAAGUUUCUUUUGUGAACUUGUAUCCAUCUGGUUUGGAAUUCACUCAAAUUUUGCCUGUUAUGAGAUCCAAUUUUGCGAGGUUUUGUGAAAAAUAUAUUGCAAGUUCCUUGAUUUUUGUUUUCUUAUUAGUGAUAGGUUGGUUUAUUUGUAGAAAUUAUUCUCAGGCAGGUAAUUUGAUGUCAAUAAUAUUAUUUGAUAAUAUGAAUGUGUUUGG